AAUCAUUUCAGUUAACAAACAAUGACUAGUAUUGUGGGCCUGCUGGUCUUUGGACUGAUGCUACUGGUGUACGCCAGUGCUGAGGAUAGGAGCUAUAGCGUGGAACUCAACUCCUUCGACAGAAACACAAAUUUUGAGAACGAUGACAAAUGGAUGGAUUGGCACACGCUGCGUAUGAAGAAAGUGGGCCGUAAUCAGUACACCUUGGACGGGGAUUUCGAGCUCAAACGGAAUAUGGGCAAUGAGCAGAAAAUAUCACUUCAAGUGUUCACCUACAUUGAGAGCGCCAAACAAAAGGGACCCUUGGUCAUGAAUAUGAACAAACCGUUCUGUCAGUUUGUCAACGAGGAUGAGGACACAUAUCCGUAUCUGCUGGAGGUAUCUAAUUUGCCCGUACCGGGCGAUUGUCCAUUUCCGAAGGGCAAAUAUACCAUCGAAAAUUACCAGCUCGCAACCACAUUCCUGCCCGAUGAUGCACCCAAGGGCGAUUAUCUGCUGGAGCUCAAUAUUUUGGAUAAUGAAAUUCCCGUUGCCGGUAUUUUCGCUUCUGUCACAUUGACCUAACAAAACAGCCUUGGCUUAUUUUUUUUACUUGUAAUUUUGAUGUUUUUUUGUUUUGGGUGGAUCCAUUUGGCACUGCAAGCGUAUUACAUAUAAACCUAUAUCCAACUGUAGCUUAAACACCUUCCUUGUUUUUUUUUCAAAUAUAAUUUUCUUUCGCUUUUAAAGACCAA